UUAUUUUUGAAACUAUACCCAUGGAUGUUACAAUGAAGAAAGUAGAGAGUGAAUCUCCUUAUUAUUGUUCCUCUUCAUCACCAUCAUCCACUUCCUCUGAAAGCAAACUCUCAUCAGCAUCACCGUGCAACCCGAACUCUUCACCGGACCCUUCAUCGUGGCAUGCAGAAACUUCAAAGAAAGUGGUAGUGUUGAUCCCUCACAAGAGGAAAGCGGGGAGAAAGAAGUUUCGAGAGACACGUCACCCGGUGUACAGAGGGGUUCGGCAGAGGAACGGUAACAAAUGGGUGUGUGAAGUUCGUGAACCGAACAAGAAGUCGAGGAUAUGGCUCGGGACAUACCCUUCGCCAGAAAUGGCAGCUAGGGCACAUGACGUGGCCGUCCUAGCACUUAAGGGCACCUCUGCUGUGUUCAAUUUCCCUGAUUCGGUUUCUCUUCUUCCGGUUGCAAACUCAUCUUCUGCUGCUGAUAUAAGACUUGCUGCAUCAAAAGUUUCAUCGGUUUUUGGCCCUUCUUCUUCAUCUAGUUCCCGCGUCGAGACUAAGCCUUGUUUGGUUGAUGGUUUUGUUAAGACUGAGAAUAACGUUGAUGAGGUCAAAACAGUGUUUUUUGAUGAAGAGGCGUUCUAUAAUAUGCCUGUUUUCUUAGAUAGUAUGGCAGAGGCUCUUCUCAUUACUCCACCUUCUAUGAAGAGAGCAUUUGAUUGGGACGAGGUUGAUUGUGAAACAGACCUCACUCUCUGGACAGAUUAA